AUGGGUGACAACGUCGCACGGCAGGCAGGGUCUCGCUCCGAACAACACGUCAAUAUCGACAAGCGCCCCGCAGAACCAAGCCGGAAAAGGCCUUUGGACGAUAGAGACGACAGGACACCGCCUGAAACCCCAGCACCGCCCACCAAAUACCUCAAACCCUCUCCCGCCGUCGCCAAAGACGACCUUUCAGCCCGAGUCGUCGCGCAACAUUACAACGCCCGCCCCGAAGUCGGCCGCGAAAAGCGCAAAGAUUCGCCCAUCCUCCAGCUAAAGAACUUCAACAACUGGGUAAAGUCCGUGCUCAUCAACAAGUACACUCGACGAGGCGACAACGUCCUCGAUUUCUGCUGCGGGAAGGGCGGGGAUCUGUUGAAAUGGAGCAAAGCGAACAUCAACCACCUUGUGGGCGUGGAUAUCGCGGACGUGUCAAUAGAACAGGCACAGCAGCGGUUCGCGCAGGGGCGGGGCAGUCGGUUCCAGGCCAAGUUCUUUGCGGCGGAUUGCUUCACGGAGCGCAUCGUGGACCGGUUACCGAGGCCGGAUCACGUGUUUGAUCUGGUGAAUUGCCAGUUUGCGUUUCAUUACUCGUUUGAGACGGAGGAGAAGGUGCGGAUGGGGUUGAAGAAUAUUACGGGGAAUCUGCGGCCUGGCGGCAUGUUCAUUGGGACGAUACCGAAUGCAUACUGGUUGGUGCGGAAAGUGGAGGCGGCGGAGGGGCUGGAGUUCGGCAACAGUAUUUUGAAGAUCAAGUUUGAGACGAAGCGGCCGUAUAAGGAGUUUGGACACAAGUACUGGUUCGAACUGAAGGAUGCAAUAGAUGAUUGUCCAGAGUACCUGGUCAACUUUCGCACUUUCGAACGGCUCGCAUCAGAAUACGGACUUGAACUAGUUUACAAGAAGCCAUUGCACGAGCUGUAUGAGGAGGAGUCGCGAGAUCCUCAGUACAAGGAGCUGCUAUAUCGAAUGAACGUUGUAAACGAUCAAGGAACAAUGUCCGCAGAUGAAUGGGAAUCAACAGGGCUCUAUAUGGCCUUUGCGUUCCGGAAACGGGACGGCAGGAAGUGAUGCUCGUCGAGUGAGCCAUGCAUCAGCUUCGCUGCAACAACCGUCGCGAAUGCGUAUACCCACGUCCCAUCAUCACACGAUCCCUCCAGGGUCACAACGUCACAGUCGCAUCAGGCGGAACUGGAAGUCUCUGUAGUCUGCUGCUGUUUUCGCUCCUGUCGUAAUCGACGCAGUCGUGCAGUCUAGAUGCAGAGCCGUCAGUUCGAUCGGAUGGAAUCAGACACCAUCGUAGGUGUUACCGACACCAGCCGGGCCGAAUGGCAACAUCAACCCACCUCCUCCCUGACUUCGGUCAUAUUACUCGGUAGUUUCUGAUAGGGCCGAGACAGAGGAAUCCUUUGGUCAGUCUGGGAUGUCAACUAGGCUAGUCGGGUGGGUGC